AUGGACGCGCCAGGCAGCAGGGAGCCACGACGGGCAUGGAUGUACGCCGCACGGGGCCGCCGCGAGCAGCAGCGCAGGCGCGCCGAGAGUAGGCCGCGCGGAGCCGCUGCAAGCAGCCGCGCCGGGGAUGCCGCGAGCAGGCCGCACGGGGCCGCCGUUAGCAGCCGCGCAGGGUGCGCGCCGCGGGCCGAGCGACACGCCAGGCCACGCGUGACCACGCAGAGGAGUGUUGUCCCUCGUGGCCUGUCCACCGACUCUGAGGUUGCCCAGAGGGAAGCCGAGUCUAUCUCUAGGAAGACUCUCAGGAGCUCAACCGAGAAGUUUGAGUUCCAAGCUGAGGUUUCCAGACUCAUGGACAUCAUCAUCAACUCACUCUACAACAAGAAGGAUAUCUUCCUGAGGGAGCCUAUAUCUAAUGCCUCUGAUGCGUUGGAUAAGAUUAGGUUCCUUUCCCUUACUGAUAAGGAAGUUCUGGGUGAAGGGGACACUGCAAAGCUUGAGAUUCAGAUUAAGUUGGACAAAGAGAAGAAAAUCCUCUCCAUUCGAGAUAGGGGUAUUGGUAUGACCAAGGAAGAUCUUAUUAAGAACCUUGGAACAAUUGCUAAAUCUGGCACUUCAGGAACAGGAGCUGCUCGAGUCUCUUGUUGAAGCUGAUACG